GCCGUCUUCACCAAACAAAUCGGGUGUUGAGUUUGGCGAUCCGCAACGGAAUCCAUCAUUUUCUUCACCCACCACCAUCUCAAACACCUCCCACUCACACACCGUACCAGACAGAGAAGGUGCAAGGUGACUGUAAGUGCAGACGAUACCGACAGCACGACGACGGAAGCAAGGAAGCGCUUGCGCGCAAGGAUUCCGAACCGAGACAGCACCACAGCGUUCACACCAAGUUCACAACAACUGACAACGCACAACAACGAACAUACGCAUUCACAACAAAGAACAAUCAUGAACGCACGCUGCUGGCGUUCAGCGGUGAUGCUUGUGGCGCUGUGCGCCUUGCUUGCAGGCACAGCCACGGUGCAAGCACAAUCCGACAACACCACCGCAAGUUAUGACGAGACCCAGAGCUACUGCAGCCAGUACGAGGGCAACCGCACGGCGUGCGACGCAGACGCGGCGUGCAUUGCCUCUGAGCACUGCGCGACGUGGCUGAGCUACUGCCAGCACAGCAACCAGAGCUCGUGCGAGGCGGAGGACGGAUGCGUGUGGGACGCGGCGGGCCACUGCUACAUCGGGUACCACCCGUGCUACGACAUCCAGGACGAGGGCUCGUGCAACACGCAGAGCGAGUGCGAGUGGCACGUGCACUGCAACAACGCGACGGAGUACGGCGGCCACGGGCCCGACGACUUUGGGCACUCGUACUGCGAGCUUGAGGAGUGCCGUGACAUUGUUGAGCAGUGCACGGGCGGGUGCAACGCGACGUUCCAGUGCAUCAUCGAGCUCGUGCAGCAGACGGACUGCGAGGACCCGGACGUGUGCAUUGACAUGUGCCGCAACACGACGACGCGGACUGCGCAGGAGGAGGCCGUGUUUGAGGAGCUGGUCACGUGCGAGAAGCGGUGCUACGCGACGCGGGACUGCCGGAAGCGGGACGUUGCGUCGUGCGAGUACGAGGCGGAGUGCAGCGUGAACCGGUACUGCUUCCCACAGGAUGAUUACACGCUGUGCCAGGGCAACAGCUCGGCGAGCUGCCUCGGCGAGAGCAACUGCGAGUGGAACUGGAACACCAGCACGUGCUACCUGAGCAGCCACGCGUGCUUCGGCUACGGCGACUCUGCGAGCUGCGACGGCGCUGCUGAGGGCUGCGUGUGGAAGGAGGAGUGCGACCUUUCGCCGUACUACCCGAACGUGAACGGCACGGACGACGGCAGCUACUACAACGGCACCGGGGAUGGCAGCUACUACAACGGCACCGGGGACGGCACAGCACCGUACUAUGGGGAGUCGUCGUACUGCAGCCAGUACGAGGGCAACCGCACGGCGUGCGACGCAGACGCGGCGUGCAUUGCCUCUGAGCACUGCGCGACGUGGCUGAGCUACUGCCAGCACAGCAACCAGAGCUCGUGCGAGGCGGAGGACGGAUGCGUGUGGGACGCGGCGGGCCACUGCUACAUCGGGUACCACCCGUGCUACGACAUCCAGGACGAGGGCUCGUGCAACACGCAGAGCGAGUGCGAGUGGCACGUGCACUGCAACAACGCGACGGAGUACGGCGGCCACGGGCCCGACGACUUUGGGCACUCGUACUGCGAGCUUGAGGAGUGCCGUGACAUUGUUGAGCAGUGCACGGGCGGGUGCAACGCGACGUUCCAGUGCAUCAUCGAGCUCGUGCAGCAGACGGACUGCGAGGACCCGGACACGCAGCAGUGCCAGCAGUUUACGUACGGUGGAUGCGGUGGCAACAGCAACAACUUUGAGAGCAGGGAGGCGUGUGAGCAGCGCUGUGCUGUUGGCGCCUGCUGCACCCGGCGCAUGGAGCCCACCAACGGCGGUGGCUAUGGCUAUGGCUACGACCGCAGUGGCUACGACCGCUACGGCUACAACAGAACAGGCUAUGCACGGGAUGGCUUCUCACAGCGGCCGGCAACGUACGCAAUGUUCGCUCGGAACAGCUACGAUGCGUAUGGGCUGGAUGAGCGUGGAUAUGACACGCGGGGCCGAGACGGGUACGGAUUCAACAUCCACGGGUACUCUGAGACGUACAGCCGUGACGGACAGCAGUUUGGCUACCUGGCCGACGAGCAGUACGACGCCACUGGGCGAGACCGCGCAGGGCUGGACCGGUCCGGGUACGACCGGGACGGAUACGGGUACGACGGCACGUACCAGGGCGCAGAGUUCUCGUGCCAGCAGAUGACGCGCAGUGCGUGCCAGGCCCUGGAGACCGGAGACGGGCAGGUUGAGGUGGUGUCGUUUGCGCAGGGCAAGACGUGCAAGGAGCGGCGGUGCGGCAACCCCAAGUGGGAGGCGCCGCGGCAGUGCGUGUAUGGCGGGCAGCGGUACGACUUUGGAGAGACGUUUACGUUUGGGUGCCAGACGUGCUUCUGUGCAACCGACGGCAGCGUGUCGUGCGAGUGCAGCGCUGUGACGACGCGGCGGGAGAUCCGCGACAUGACGGUUGAAGAAGUGCAGGCGUUCACGGACGCCGUUGUGCUGCUGGAGCAGAGCAACAUGUGGUCGGCGUUUGCCAACACGCACCUUGGUGCUGUGCCGCAGGCGCACGGCAACCCUGCGUUCUGGCCGUGGCACCGCGAGUUUUUGAAGCAGCUUGAGCUGACGCUGCGGGAGGUGAGCGGCAACUGCAACGUGACCAUCCCGUACUGGGACUGGACGAUUGAUGCGCUGUCGCCGGAGACGUCGCCCGUGUGGAACGUUGUUGGCGGCAAUGGCAACGGCGUGGACCAGUGUGUGACGGACGGCCCCUUUACCGGGUUUUCGCCGUGCAUUGAGCGCAACUGGGCGCUGGGCUGGGCGAUGCCGUCGUUUGCGGAAAUUGCCGGCAUUCUCGCGGGCACAGACUACUCGACGGUUGUAGCUGAGAUUGAGGCGCGCCACGGCGACGUGCAUGUGUUUGUGGGCGGCACAAUGGCGACGUAUUCUUCGCCGUAUGACCCGCUGUUCUUCCUGCACCACGCGUUUGUGGACAAGCUGUGGUACGACUGGCAGGUGACGCUUGGCAACGGCAACCAGUAUCCUGCAUCCAUGCUGCACCUGACGCUUGAUCCGUUUGCCAAGACUGCCCCCGGAGGUGCUUGA